AAGCACAAAUACAAGUUACCCAGUGUCUGGUGCCACAGUCCUCUAGUCUAACCAGGAUCCUGUACACAUCUCCUGAAGCUUUAGCCAUGCAUAACUUAUUAUACUCCACUCCAAGGCGCAGCUCACUGCUGUGAACAGGAGCUCCAACUGCAAACAUGUCAGCUUGGAUCACAACCUCCAGUGAGUCAGGAUGGCAGAUCACACUGACUGUGUUCACCUGCUCCUGGGCCAAACCAUGUGAGGGUACCUGGCUCUGCUGAGGCAGAGGACUUUGAAGAGGAGCAUCCUGCAUGUAAUGCACCGGUGACAAAGCAAAACACAGUUGACCACACAGUCCUGCCAAAAAGAGCCUAAAAACAAAUCCAAGCUGAAUCCACGAGGUAUCCAUGGCUGCCACUCCCAAACACAAGCUGAAACUGCAGGUGCACCUUUCUGACCUAUAAGGGAGUGAGCUAACCAGAGCAGUGCAUAUUUUUAAAGCCAAGCAGAGCAGCAAGGUGCACCUGAGUCCAAUCAUCUACUGAUCACCUGGGAACUGGCUCCACCUCCACUGAUCUUUCCUCCAAUGACUAAAACACAAAAUUAAAAAAUGAGAAAAAAAAUAAAAUAAAAACAAUUUAAAGAGUGACAAGUGUUAUGAAAUGUUCAAUAUAAAUAUAGCCGUUGGGGGUUUUAUAGCUGAAUAAUUAGCCUACAGCUCACAAUUUCUGAAAAUAAACACUGAAGAAACAGUUUUAACCCCACAGAGGUAAACGUAGAAAAUUAGCAGAGAUAACUAAUAUAGACUUUCCUGAAAGAAAUAUUAAAAAAAAUAUUACUUUUUAUACAUGUUUUGUUUUUUCUUUGUACAGGCUAAAAAUAUUCACAGUCUAACAGAUACAGACCACUAUGACUGAACACGGAGGUGUGCUCUAAACCCCAACAGUUAGACUCACACUUAUUUUUUCUGCUGGGAAAAAGCUGUUAGACACGGGACUUUUGUGAAACCACUAAAAGACAAAUCAGCCCUAUGACUGCAUGUACACUAAAUAUAUCUGAUGAUGCAGGGUGAUGGCCAAAUAUUUGUAAAUUCUUUCUUGCUUGAAAAUAUUUUAGUUGAGUAUUUCAGACUCAGUCAGGGAUAGUCAGUGAGCAGGCAGACCUCAGCACUUUAACGGCUGCUCUAGCUCUGAGGUGCUUUUCCUGCUUUGAGGUGAAGAACAAUAACUACAGCAGGGUUGACCACAAAAGUCUCACAAGCGAAGGAAGGGCAGGGGAAGCCUGCGUUAUGACUUAGUGCUGUGCUUUUAUAACUGUUAAAGCAAUGAAGACACACCCGACUUGUGUUCUCCUUUUCCUUCAGCUUGUUGAAGCCAAUGCACAGCUGGUCUUUAAGCAUCUCAAAGAGGGUCAGUCUCUGGGGCUCUCAUUAGUCCUUCAGCAGGACCACAGCAGCUUGGCGGGCCUCCACCUGUACCACCGCGGUGCUCAGAGUCAGACCACUCUGCUGUCCCUGGCUGAGGGCAGGGAGAACAGGGUUGACUCUGGGCUUCAGGCACGUCUGCAGCUCCGUGGAGGACUGAAGUCCAUCAAGAUCAAUGUGAGCAUCGCUCACUUACAGCGGAGCGACACAGGACUUUACAUGUGGGAGAUGAGAUACAGAGAAGAGAACGGCUCACAUCAGAUCAUCCUUGAUGCACAGAAGAUUUUCUUGUUGGUUGAAGAAGAGGGGACUUCAUGCCAGUGCUCUAACAGUUACGUCCCUCUGCUGAUGACCAUGUCUGCAGCAGCAGGUCUUCUCCUGCUGGCAUUCAGUUGGAUGAUCAUAGAGAGAUGUGUGAAGGCGAAGAAUCAUCAAACAUCACAGCCUCAUGCCCCCAUCUAUGAGGAAAUGAGCAGGAAGCAGCCUCCAAGCCCUGAAAAUAACCACAGGGCCUCCUCACACCUGGAGGAAGUCAACUUCCCCGUCUACGCCAACCCAAACAUCCGGCAGCCGCAGGACAACUACUACGCCUGUCCCAGACAGCUCACACUCAGAGCCUGAUCGCUGAUGGAAAUGACAUCAGUGCUGCUCACAAAAAUACCAAAAAGACCUGCAGAGCCACGGACCUCGCUUUAAAAGAGACAACAAACAACUCAGAGGACAGUUUAACAGCCAAGAAAAAAUGCUAUUUUAUUAAUAUUUGAAAGAAGCUCCAUAGUUCAUGAAAACAUUUGUUUCGGUGCAUGUCAUUUAACAAUCACAUUCUAUGAGGAGAAAGAGAUAUACAGAGAAAAAAUAAAACAUUACAAGCCACUGACUUCUCGUUAACUCUCAGUACAGACAUUUUUUCUUAAUAUCUCAAAAACAGAAGAGGCAAGAAAAAAAAAGCAGCUCCAAACACACACCCCCUCCCACCCUUCAUAAAAUCUUAAC